GGUGGGUUUAGAUGUUGGAAACAGUAGACAAGGGGUAACAUUUGCUUAGGCAGUUGUUAUUAGAACACCUCUAGUAUAUAGUAAGGAGGUAUAGAUGGUCUGAAGAGUCUAUCCGGGAAAGAGUCUACCAGAGGGUCUGUGAGUCAGUGUCUCAUGUGGGACGACAUCUGAAUGAUGAAGGUUUAGGAAAAAACGAAGAUCCAACUAUAUAUAUAUUUCCUUCGAAUUAGAAAAAUAAGUAUAGACAGAGUAAUACUUUAAAUACUCUCAAUUCUAUACCUUAUCCCAACAUUUUGGUGACCAGAAGAAGCUCUGGAGGUUUGUGCUCUCAUCUAGAAGUUUGCUAGAACCUUAGGAGUCUGAGCCACACAUCGAUCGGGGAAGAAGCUUGGGGUUCUGGAAUUGUAAUCUGGAGACCUUGAAGACUGAGCAUUGAACCAGAAGAUUGGAAGACUGUGAAUAGAAGACUGACCCGUGAAGCAGAAGAUUGGAAGACUGACCUUUGGAGUAGAAGCCUGGAAGACUGUGAAUGGAAGACUCAACUGUGGACCAGAAGACUGGAAGACUGUGAAAAAAGACUCAGCUGUGGACCAGAAGACUGGAAGACUGUGAAUAGAAGACUGACCCGUGAAGCAGAAGAUUGGAAGACUGACCUGUGGAGCAGAAGACUGGAAGACUGUGAAUGGAAGACUCAACUGUGGACCAGAAGACUGGAAGACUGUGAAUGGAAGACUCAACUGUCUGUGGACCAGAAGACUGGAAGACUGUGAAUAGAAGACUGACCCGUGAAGCAGAAGAUUGGAAGACUGACUUGUGGAGCAGAAUGCUGGAAGACUGUGAAUGGAAGACUCAACUGUGGACCAGAAGACUGGAAGACUGUGGAUAGAAGACUGACCGGUAAAGCAGAAGACUGGAUGACUGAAUGGAAGACUGACCCGUGAAGCAGAAGAUUGUGAAUGGAAGACUGAACCGUGGGGCAGAAGAUUGUGAAUGGAAGACUGACCCGUGGGGCAGAAGAUUGUGAAUGGAAGACUGACCCGUGGGGCAGAAGAUUGUGAAUGGAAGACUGACCCCGUGGGGCAGAAGAUUGGAAGAUUGUGAAUGGAAAACUCAGCUGUGGAGCAGAAGAUUGGAAGACUGUGAACGGAAGACUGACCUGUGGAGCAGAAGACUGGAAGACUAUAAACGGAAGACUCACCUGUGGAGCAGAAAACUGGAGGAUCGAAGAGAAGACUGAACCUUGGAGCAGAAGACCUGAACCGAGUACCGCAAAAGGAACUUAAAGUUUGGCGCCCCAAUGCCAUACAAAGGGACAAAUCCAAACCUCUCUCCACGCUCUGCUACUUCUUUGACUGUCAAGUUGAAGAGUUCUCUCCUCUUCUUCAAGACUCUCAGACAAUGUUCGAAACGUACACAAGUUUUCAGCUUUGUCCUGCUCCUCGGAUCAUUUUCCUAUUGUAUGAUUGUUUUUCUAUUGGGAAAAGUCCAACCUAAUCAAAUUAGAUGUAAACCAAAAUAUGGGACAUGGAACGAGACUCAGUUGAUCAUAUUACUUUGGACGUGGCCAUUAAAAUAUCAGUUCCCUCUAAAUAGCUGUCCAAAUUCUGAAGGCUCUGGCUGUUUCUACACCAUGAAUCGCACCUUGUAUCCAAAGGCAGAUGCUGUUGUUAUCAGUCACAGGGAUGUAUAUACGUCAGAAGACCUUUUACCUCCAGAAUGUAGACCGCCUGACCAAUACUGGAUCUGGUUUAGCAUGGAGUCUCCAAGCAACUGUCUAAAUUUAUCCCUUAUGGAUAACAAAAUUAACCUCACAAUGACUUACCGUCUUGAUUCUGAUAUAUUUACUCCAUAUGGCUGGCUGGAAAAAGCCAACAGGGAAGAAAAUUUUACAAUCCCCAAAAAGUCAUAUAUGGUGGCAUGGGUAGUUAGCAACUGGAAUAAAAAAUACAGAAGAACUAAGUAUUACGAGGAGUUGAAGAAAUACAUUUCAAUUGACGUUUAUGGAAAAAACAGUUUGCCUCUACCGCGGAAUGAAACUUUUCAAACUCUUGCCACGUACAAGUUCUACCUUGCCUUCGAGAAUUCCUUCCAUAAGGAUUACAUCACUGAAAAAUUCUGGAAAAAUGCAAUAAUGGUGGGAACCGUGCCCAUCGUCAUGGGUCUCUCGCGUGAAAAUUACGAGCGAUUUAUUCCAGCUGCCGCUUUUAUUCAUGUUGAUGACUUUUCAUCUCCCCAAGAAUUGGCCAAAUAUCUUUGGAGUCUGGAUGAGGAUGAGAACAGAUACAGACAGUACUUUAACUGGAGGUCCAGAUAUCAGCCAGCCAAACCUGAUGACAUUUUUCAAUCUGGGUACUGCAAAAUAUGUAGAAAAUUAAAAGCGGUCUGUCCUUAUAGGACAGUACCAAGUAUUGCUGAAUGGUUCAAAUGAACUUUCUGGAUAGACAAUGAUGGUCUUGGGUAGAUGGAGACGGUCUUGGGUAGACGAGCAUGAUCUUGGGUAGACGAGCAUGAUCUUGGGUAGACGAAGAUUGGUCUUGGGUAGACGAAGAUUGGUCUUGGGUAGACGAAGAUUGGUCUUGGGUAGACGAAGAUUGGUCUUGGGUAGACGAAUAUUGGUCUUGGGUAGACGAAGAUUGGUCUUGGGUAGACGAAGAUUGGUCUUGGGUAGAUGAAGAUUGGUCUUGGGUAGACGGAGAUGGUCUUGGGUAGAUGGAGAUGGUCUUGGGUAGACGGAGAUGGUCUUGGGUAGACGGAGAUGGUCUUGGGUAGACGGAGACGAUCUUGGGUGGGCAGUGAUGAUAUUGGGUGUUCAAUGAUGUAACAAAAUGUUGAUUCCAACAGAUAACCAUACGUAUUAAAAGUUGCAGAUGCCUAUAUAAAACAGGUAUUUGCACCACUUCCUGGUAUAGACUCCCUUGGGAGUUUCUGCCCCUCAGCGUCACCCCUACCCCGCCCCCCCUGUUGUGUUCUGGGAAACACACGGCUCACACAACACAGCGGGGACCCAGUGAGAACGGCGCAGCGCGACUCGUGCAUGCACAGUAGGGAACCGGGCAGUGAAGCCGCAGCGUUUCAC